AAGGAUGAAGGAGGAGCAUUCCAUUUCACCAGUCAACCCACCUUCGUGAUUAGUGUGUGAACUCCCUGUCUCACGCUCUCUCUCUCUCUCUCUGUUUCACACACACACGCACACACACACACCCACCCGCACACACACACACUCUGACAGGACUCCCGUACACACAGAGAGGCACCAUCAUGACAGACACACACAUGGAAGAACUGGUGGAGCAGGCGAGAGCCAUGGCGACCGGGGAGCCUGAAGGGGCUCGCUACCAUGGCGAUGCCUUACUGGCCCCAGACACAGACUUCAUGACAGAUGACCGCAGCUCUGCAGCGAGCGGUCUGGACGUGUCGGAGCGGCUGACGUACCUGGAGCAGCGGGUGCAGAUGCAGGAAGAUGAGCUCCAGCUGCUGAAGAUGGCGCUGGCAGAUGUGCUCAAGAGACUCAACAUCUCCGAGGAGCAGCAGGCCAACAAGAAAGCACCCGCUAAAGCCACCCGUCCAGCCUCUCUGGCCCUGCCCCCCAGACCCUCCCUGACCUCCAGUGCUGCGCCAGCAAGGAAGAGCAUUAGUAGCACACCGCCCUCUACUGCCAGCAGCAGGAACUACACCCCCUCCACAGCCACUAAGAGAAGUCCUGUUGUGAGUGCAAAGGACCCUCCAGGGACGCCUAGUAAAGCCCGCUCCAGUACCACCACCACCUCAGUCACCUGUAAGAAACAGGACAGGAAACCAGGGGCUUCUGUUGCAGGAACUCGCCGUGUGACACACUGCAAAGUGACUAUGCAGAUUUAUCUGAGCCGCCUGUCAAGAAGGACUGGAUCUUCUGAGUCCGUCACGCCCACAUCAGUACCCUCCAAUCACACGGAGCCUCCCCCUGCAAAGAGCCCGCCCCCCAGAGUGACGGACGCGUGUGAUAGGACCAAACUGGCGCCGCUGCCAUCCCCUCGUCAGAGCCCAGCCUUCCCCCUGCCUCUUCACAAGGCCCCCUGCCACAGCGUCACCUCCUUCGUCGCCUCCUUCUCCCCACUGGACGCCUCCUCCUACAGGAGCUCCAUCAGGUCGCCCAGCCAGUACUUCCAGAUCUGCUACUGACGGGGAGAAGGGGUCGGGCCCACACACACACACACACACACACACACACACACACACACAGUGUGGUUGGGUUGGACGGGGGGAGUUAGUGUUCAGUGGUCCCUCACCUCUGUUGAAGGAAAAUAAAGCAUUCCAUAUUAAA